AACGGGUUCCUUAAUUAUAACGGGAGAGUGUUGGGGUUUUUCACGUCGUCGCUCGUAUGCAGUGUAAGUAAAAGUUGAGGCGGCACGAAGUUUCAGUUCAUGCAUCGGUCUGCGCAGCUUCAGAGCUCUAGAUCUUUCCAUUUCAUCUGCUCACAGCUCUUUAUGUUCCUCAUCGUCUCUUGAUCGGGACUUCGAUCCCUUCUUAGCGAAUAUUUGCCAAAUCCAGACGCUUUGCGAUGGGAUCUUUUCUCUGGGAGUCUGAGAGAAAUCAAACACGUCCUCACAGACCAAUUGAGCAGUUCUUUAGCUAGUUCUCACGGCGUUGCGACGUAAAUAAUUUAAUCUUUACCGAGUAUAUUUUCGUUUUUGUAUACGGAGCUUUGACGUGACGGACACUGUGCCGUCGACAGUUUAAUAUUUAUGACAAAAUCUGAAUUCACGCGCCUGUUUUUUGGAUUAUCCGUUUCCCAGGAUACACUGAAUCGAUCACGCGUCAACUAGAGACUUUAUUUUCGAUUUUUUUGGACUUAAAGACUACUGAGGGGAUUUGGAAAUGAGCGGUCCGUUUUCAAAAUGUCUUUUUUAAGAAUCACUCGUGGAGAGAGACGUUUCCUCAGAGGACGGGAGGGUUUGUAACGCUGAAUUUAUCGCCGAUUUCACGACACGCGUUUCCAUGGCUCCGGCGGUCAGAUCGAUUAAGCGUAAGGAUGCGAUUAACUGGCCGAGGAUGUCGACAACUUUCUGGGCUGUGCUGCUGUUGACGGCGCUUCUCAUCGUGUACUGCGGUCAACUGGCAGCAGGAACCUGUGAGAUUGUCACUCUAGACAGAGACAGCAGUCAGCCACGCAGGACGAUUGCCAGACAGACGGCCCGCUGCGCAUGUAAGAAAGGACAGAUUGCUGGGACAACGAGAGCCAGGCCGGCCUGUGUGGACGCUCGUAUCGUGAAGACCAAGCAGUGGUGUGACAUGGUGCCCUGUCUAGAGGAUGAAGGCUGUGACCUGUUAGUAAAUAAAUCAGGCUGGACUUGUACACAGCCCAGCGGCAGAGUGAAAACUACAACGGUGUCCUAACAGUGGGAGGGGUUCCUGGAGUGCUACGAGACGAGGCCUCUUGCAGUUUCGCCUACCUGCUGUAGAUACUUGCUAUGUCUCAUCGGCUUAACACCUGCCUCUGCCUACCUGUCUGUGUCUCGGCUUUGUAAAUGGGCAGCACCCCCUUGUGCCACGGAGAACAUACUGUACGUUCACAAAGCGCCUCACGGAUGGUGGUACAGUAGGAGCCUUGAGGACUUUAAGGACAGGACAAUGAGGCACCUAACCUGUCUGAGACUGAACCAGACACAGGCUUUAUGGGGCUCCACCAGCGGUUCUGACCUGAUCCGAGACUGUGAACCUAACUGCUCUGUGAAACGGCUUUCUGCUGGAAGAUGUUUUUGCCGCUCAUUUUUUACAGACCAAAGAGGAAAAAUAAUACGCAAAUUAAAAAAAAAUAAAUAAAAAUGCAUUGAUUAUAUGAGCGUGGACUAAAGGACAGACUUGAAAGGGAAAAUUUAGGCAAAGAAAAUAUAUAUAUAAACCUAAAUGUAGAAAGAGAGAUAGAUAUAGAUAUAGAAAGACUAUGCUGUACAGCAGUGGUCUACAAAUGGAAACGCUGACGUGGAACAUUAAAACGACUGGGUCAACCAUUCCCAUUUAUCACAAUCAGAGGAGAACCUUUAAUACUUUACAGGCAUUUCCUUGAACUGAAUCAACCACUGUAUUCAAAGGAUUACAAGGAUAUAGAUACUGUACACAUAAAAACGUCAACAAAUUUAAUUAGCAUUUUUCAGUAGCAACAUUUUGGAUGGUUUGCAUUAAGCAUGGAAGGUUAAAUGGAAGAGUACCCCAUUGCUUAUCGUCAGAAAAUAUUAAAAAGGAACAUAAAAAAAUGUCAUUUCUGGUUACCAGGAGUGAAAUAUGUCAUUAUAUGUAUUUUGAAAGGCCUACAAGUUAUAUAUUUAACAGUUUUAUAUGUUGUACCUUUGUAGAGAACCUUAUUUAACACGAAUAACGUUGUGGAAAUGACAGAUAUAGAAUGUGGGUAAUGCUCUGCUCCAUAACGCAGGCCUGUCUUACUGUUUAUGUUCAAACUCAAGUAGCAAUUUUCCUUUUACAUGUUCAAAAACAUGACCACAGGUUCUUAAAAAGGAAGAAAAUGGACAAAACACACACAAAAAGCAAUGAUUUAUUGCAGAAAAGUGAACAUUCAGUUCCACAUAUUACAGUCAUAGAAACUGCUUUUAGCUUUUGUAUUGUAAAGGUUCGGAGAAAACCCUUUCUGUUUGGGUUUUCUGAGAUUGAUUUUUGUGCUUGUGUUUGUUUGCACAGUGCUCACCUCCAAGUCUUGACACCUCCAGAGACAGUUCAGAAAGUCUUAGAUUCAUUUACAUUAAAUACUUUUUUAUUAUGAAAUAUUUUAAGAAUAAAUUAAAUAAGUGAAAAUAAGUUGCUAAAACAAAAUUGUAAUAUCAUGAUGUUUUUGGCUGUUUAUUUCCCUUUUUAGAAUGGACAAUGCCUGGUUUGACAGAGAUAC